AAACAAUUAUCCAGUUUUUACCUAUUCAAUAAUUUCAGAAUAAAAUACAAGAAUUUGAUGAGCUUAUAAAACUUGCAAAAAGAAAAAAAAAACAGGAUUCGUAGCAUAUGAUAAAGUUUAUUUGUUAUAGAAAAAGCUGAGAUAAAAUAAUGGUUGUGGGCGCUUUUCCACUGGUAAAACUUGCAUUGCUGGGCAUCAAGCACAUAAGUAAACCCAUUAGCAAUCUGAUCAACCAAACGGCUAAAAAGAAUCAGUCAUUUAAAACCCUAGUUGUCGCCCCACCAGCAAGAUUGUAUCACGUAAUUGAUGUGCGCUCAAAGAUGUGGAUGCUGGGGCUGGGCCAACCUCGGCUUAUUCCGCCCUUGAAUGACGCGAUGUCAAUUCAAAUGGGCAGCGAUAUCCUGGGCGAGAUGUUCAUCUUUUUGCUUGGUGCUACGUUCAUAGUAGCAGAACAGGCGAAAAAUGACAGAAUAAAGCAGGAAAAACAAAAGUUGCAUCGGGAGCAACUGGAGGAAAGAAUUAGUGACCUAGUCCAUAAGCAAUCCCGUCAAGAGAAAGUUAUCAGUCAGCUAAGAACAAUGGUUAGGCGUAAAGAUAGCGACUGCGGAUGUAUCGACACAAGGGAUUCCGAAUGUAACUGA